AUGACGGACCGCAAAUCUCUCGACGGCCCCCCCAACGGCAAAGAAAAGACCAAGCCGAAGCUCGGCGCAGCCUCCAAAGAAUCCGCCGCCAAAGACCAAAAUGCCAACGGGGCGCAAAAGACGAGCCCCAAGAAGCGCCGCAAAGUUAACCACGCUUGCGUCUACUGCCGCCGCUCUCACAUGACUUGUGAUCUUGAGCGACCUUGCACCAGAUGCAUCAAGCGAAACAUUGGCCACCUCUGCCACGAUCAACCCCGCGAGAGCGACAUCAAGAAGCCAAAGACGGCCAAGCAGGGUUCCGUCGACGAAUCUGAGGCUGCCUCAUCCACAUCCACCGCCAUGGGACCCCCGCCAGCAAUCAACGGCCGACAGCGCUCCAACUCUGGCUUUGGCGGUGUCCUCGGCCAGGGCAACAACAGCCUUGGCAUGGUGCCCAACCUGGAUUUGCAGCCCGGCGCCAUCAAUCCCACCGGCAACAUGAACCAAUUCGCCGGCUUCUCUGAUGCCUGGCUCACGGCCCAAAACUUCAACGGCAUGAACCAGUACAACUCCAAUUACAUGGUCGGCGACAACGUCACCCACGAGUUCAAGCUCCUCAACGACUUCCUCAAUAGCAACCUCCUCGACGAGCCCGGCAUCGCCCCCGAUGACACCCAGACCACCACCCCGACCUUUGCCCGCAGUCAGUCCGACAUGGCCGCCAGUUUCAACGCCGCGCAGUCCAACUCCCCCAACCUCACCACCUCCAUGCCGCCGCCCCCGCCCGCGAGCGCUGCCUCGGCAAACACCCCCGGCCGCACGCGCUCGUCCCGUAUAGCUGCUGCCGCCGAUAAGGAUAAGGAGCGUGAGUACUACCUCCAGGCCGCCGAUCCCGCUGGCAACGCCAUUGGCGAGGAGCGCAUGUCGCGCGUGCUCAUGGCCAAGUACGACGCGGGUUUGCUCAAGCCCUUCAACUACAUCAACGGCUACGCGCGCCUCGGAAAGUACCUCGACGGUCAUAUUGCGGCGUCGUCGAAACAGAAGAUUCUCCGCACCAUCCACCACUUUCGGCCCAAGUUUAGAGAAAAGGCCCAAGGACUCACGGAUCUGCAGCUGCUCUACGUCGAGAUGUGGUUUGAGCGCCAGCUCAUGGAUUAUGACCGCGUUUUUGCUAGCAUGGCCGUGCCGGCAUGCUGCUGGCGACGAACGGGUGAAAUUUUCAGGGGGAACAAGGAAAUGGCAGAGCUCAUCAACGUUCCUGUUGACCAAUUACGCGACGGCAAGAUUGCACUUCACGAGAUUCUGACCGAAGAGUCCAUGGUUCGCUACUGGGAGGAAUUUGGCACCAUUGCCUUUGACCCCUCCCACGACACGCUCCUAACGGCGUGUUCGCUCAAGAAUCCCAGCGACUCGUCGGACCACCCGAUUGUGAAGUGCUGCUUUUCUUUUACUAUUCGUCGCGACGAGCACAAGCUACCCGCGCUUAUUGUAGGAAACUUUUUACCUCAUGAUCCACCCACGCCCGAGUAG